UCCCCCAUGCAAACGCCCCUCUUCUGUCCACCAAGGCUCCCUGAUUGUUAGCCACCGCUACCGGCUUGUGCCUGUCUGCUGUCCCAGUCUGCAGAGCUGCAUCUCCCCACUGUAGAGAGAGAGAGAGACUGAGAAAGGAGAGAGAAAGAUAGUCUCCGGGGCGGUGGCGGCAGGGUCCUGCAAACUCAAUGUCCAAAAUCUUGACAUCCGGACCUAAGAAGGCAGGGCUGUAAUCCAUUUCAAUGACAACAGAGACGAUUUUGGCAGGGGAAAUGAAGACGGCAAUGGAGGGUGACGCCAGGAGGACCAAUCAGGUUCCUGAAGACCCAGGAGACCUGGAUGAUAGCUCAGAGAAGACUCCCAGCAAAGCCUCCAGAUCACCCCAGAAAACCACUAAACGGCUUAAGACUGUACCCGUGAAAGUCACUCUUCUUGAUGGCUCUGACUAUGAUACUGCGGUUGAGAAAUUCGCCAAGGGCCAGACCCUGCUAGACAUGGUGUGCGGCCACCUGAACCUGCUGGAGAGAGACUACUUUGGCCUGUCUUUUAUGGAUUCCGAUAACUCUAAGAACUGGCUGGAUCCUUCCAAAGAGAUUAAGAAGCAGAUUCGGGUUGGUUCCUGGAGUUUUGGGUUUGCGGUCAAGUUUUACCCACCAGAUCCAUCUGUGCUAAUUGAAGACAUCACAAGGUACUACCUGUGUCUACAGCUAAGGGAUGACAUCCUCUCUGGCCGCCUCCCAUGCUCAUUUGUCACACAUGCUCUGCUGGGCUCCUACACAGUCCAGGCUGAACUGGGAGACUACGACCCUGAAGAACAUGGCCCAGACUACGUCAGUGACUUCCACUUUGCUCCAAACCAAACGCGAGAACUGGAGGAGAGAGUGAUGGAGUUGCACCAUAACUAUAGGGGGAUGACUCCAGCAGAAGCAGAGAUGAACUUCCUAGAAAAUGCAAAGAAGCUCUCAAUGUAUGGAGUGGAUCUUCAUCAUGCAAAGGACUCUGAGGGAAUAGACAUAAUGCUUGGCGUCAGUGCAAAUGGGCUUCUCAUCUACAGAGACCGCCUCAGGAUCAAUCGCUUUGCCUGGCCUAAAAUCCUUAAAAUCUCAUAUAAAAGAAGCAACUUCUAUAUCAAAAUCCGUCCAGGAGAGUAUGAACAGUUUGAGAGCACCAUAGGCUUUAAGCUGCCCAACCAUCGGGCCUCCAAGCGCUUGUGGAAGGUCUGCAUAGAACACCACACCUUCUUCAGGUUGGUUUCCCCUGAACCACCUCCUAAGGGCUUUCUCGUAAUUGGCUCCAAGUUUCGAUACAGUGGGAGGACACAAGCCCAGACAAGGCAGGCAAGUGCUUUGAUUGACAGGCCUGCCCCACAGUUUGAUCGUUCUGUCAGCAAGCGAUACCUGCAGCCCCGAAGCAUAGAUGGAGCUUCAGCUUUAGGGGAUAGUAUGGAUCAGUUGUCUCAGAGAAGCUCAAGUGAACACACACAGUUUAUGUCCCGGGAAGAUCUGGAUCAAGAGGGCAGCUUAGAUCUUGACCAUGAUCAUUACCUCUAUCAAGACCAAGACCAGAACCGAUACACAGACCAGGAGAUGGAGCAGCAUGAUGGUCGGAAACAGCCACUUGGAGCUGUCAGUUCAACGCCAACAAAGGCCUUGGAGCUCAAGGAUGAGGAGCCAGGCAUUCCUAUAGACUCGAAACCAGAGGAUCUGCUGCCCCAUCGGCCCAAGCAGGAGCAGCAGUUUUUGGAUAAGCCAGAGGACGUUUUACAGAAACACCAGGCUAGCAUCAAUGAGCUGAAGAGGGCUUUAAAGCAGCCAAACAGCAAGAAGGCAUCAAGAGAUAAGAGGAUCCCGUCAGCCACUCCUCCUGCCGGAACCCCUGAACGAAAAACUGAGACUCCCCCUACACCUGCGAUCCAUGAGGAGCAUUUUAGCGAGACCUCAAAGGAACCAUGGGAGAGGCGUCUGGGCUCUGUAUCUGAAGACGACCAGGACCAUGAGAUCCUCUACCUGAAGGAAACCCACCUGGGCAUUGAGCGCAAGUGUUCCAGCAUCACCGUUAGCUCUACAUCCAGCCUUGAAGCUGAGGUAGAUUUCACAGUUCUUACAGACCUUCAAACUGGAAUGGAAGAGUUCUCCAGGGGUAUGUCUGAGUUAGGUGAGAGAGAUCUCUCACCUGAUGGGGGGCUGCGCUUUGGGAUCGAUAUGCUUCAGCAACAAGCCCCCCCUGAACCACCCCCUCCAUUAGUACCUGCUCCUCUCACCAGAGGGGCCAGUGGCAGCCCCCCUGCCAAACUUAUUCAACCUGAAGAAGUUCGACCAGAAGUCCGACCAGAAUUCCGAUCUGAGGUCAGACCCGAGGGCCGACCAGAUGUUAAAAGGCCAGAGGGCCAGCCGGUUGUUCCUAAAAAACCAAAAAGGUCGGUACCAGUGUCGUCAUCAGUGGACAGAGAUCAGUCCCACAAAGAAGCCAGUCGAGUCCCUACAGUAACUCCUCUCAGCAGAGAUGCAAGUGACAUCAUGGCCGCUCCAUCAGUGAAGAAAACAGACACUAGGACAGAGACACAGCCUAACGGAUCAGAGCUCACCACCACCAUUGUGGAGUUCACAGAUCAGGAUCAUGGUAUCACAGGGCUAAGUGAGGUUUCCUAUUCUACGAGACAAAGCGUAUCUCCAGUGCACAGGGGUGGUUUUGGAAGAGAGUCGUCUGGCUCGCCUAUCCUUGUUGCUGAAAAUGUUACCUCAGCCACCACUCAUGUCUCAAAGACGGUGAAAGGUGGAUACUCUGAGACGAGGAUUGAGAAGAGGAUUAUUAUCACCGGGGAUGAUGACGUAGACCAAGAGCAGGCUCUGGCUAUUGCAAUACAGGAAGCCAAACAGCAGCACCCAGACAUGCAGGUGACCAAGGCAGUUGUCAUUAGGGAAAUAGAACCAUCCAGUGAGGAUCAACAUGGCACAUCAUAGUCCCAUUUUACUGAAGCAAGAGUGCCCCCAUGUGGACAAGACGUGUCAGUACCUGACAAGAAGCCACCACCCACCAUCCCUACUAAAAAGCUGACUGUCAGCAGGACUCAGACAAACCUGCUGGUACAAUGGCGAAAUGGACCUUUAAAGUUUAGAUUUCCAUAAUUUUCCUCAUAUUGAUCGAAAAUGAUAAAGGGAGUCACUCACAAUCAAGUUGUGAUAGUAUAAUCCAUGCUCUUCAGCUGAAAAAUACACAAAAAGAUUCCAAAAGAUGAUAAACAAUUAAAUUAAUAUCCCAACCAAAUUUCCUGCAAAAUUUCUCAGGGCCUUAACUUUUAACACGUGUUGGAGUAUUCCUUAAAGGAAAAUACUGAGAAAGGGUUCCUGUUCCAUGAAUCACUACAGAUUAAUGUCACAUCAAAUUGUGUGAUGGCAACCGUCAUAAAUAUCAAUAGGGAAAUAUUAUUUGAAAUAUAUUAUAAAGAGUUUAUCUAGGAAUAUAAAUGUAUCUGAAAACAUGAAAAGCAAAAGCUGGAAAUGUUGUUCACGAUUUGUUGAUUGGGACAAUAGAGAAUUAACUAACCAACAAUGAAGAUUUCAAAAAAGGUUUUAGAUGAAGCAAGAUACUGAUGAAACCAUAAUUUCUGCAUCAUUGGUUGAACAUCACUGGACGAUGGAGGAAAAUAAUGCACUGAUUGGAGAAGUUUGCUGUCAUCUCUGUCUGAUCAUUUUAAGUCAGUAAGUUAUUUUCUAUGUGCUUUUUUUUUUACUGGAUGUGUGGGUGGAAAAUAUGCAAGGAUGCACGCUUGCUGUAGGAUCUGUUAUUGAACCUGUUGGAUUCAUUCAGAGCCAUGUGAAGUAUUGAAACUUUAGAAUGAGCCUAAGUGUCUCUCCCCCCUCUGCCUUUAGAUAAGCUUUCACAGUCCAGCUGGAUGUAACACCACAUUGGCUGUUUUAUGUGGUAAACGCAUAGAGUAGACUCACAACCCAGCUGCAUCGGUAAAAGUAGUACUUGAGAAAAUGUCUGCAUGAUAUAAUUUCUUGCAUUACUGCAUUGUAAGAAAGAGGAUUAUGAUGAAAGAAAACUGACUGAUAAUAAUAAAUUAAGCCUAAAAUCUUCACAAUUUUGCUGUUUAAACAAGGAAAAUUUUCUUGAGCAGGAACUAAACAUUCGCUUCAUCCUGUACUGGAAAAUUCGACAAAAGUGCAUUGUUGUGGUUGAAUCUUUUAAUUUUUAACCCACUUUCAUCUUAUUUUGAUGGUGCUGUACAUAAUAUCUGAACAUAUCAGUUCAAUUUUUAUUCUAAUCUUAAGUUAAAGAGCUUUGGCUGGCUCUCAUUUUGUUGCACUAAAUAAUCUUCAUUUUUUUCAUAUUGAUUUGCAACAACUUCAAUCUUCUUCCAAACUAUUUUGUUUACAUGUUGUGUCAAAACUUUAGCUUUUCUGACAUGUCAUGUCGAGAACAUCCUAAAUAAAAUAUACUGUAGGAGAAUCAUCGGAACUUUUAGCUAUGUGAGACUUAGUAUGUGAAUGUUAGAUGAAUGCCGCAGAUGUAACGUGCCAACUCAGAUAGCAGUGAUAUUGUACAAAUGCUGGUUUUGUAAUGAAAACAAAAACUUUUUAUAAAAAAAAACUCAUUUUAAUUGCAGGAGUGCCAGUCAAAUACAUAAACUUGACACGACAAGGUUUCCCUUUAAAAUUUUAAAUAUUUAAUAUUUUCCCUGGAAAAUAGUUGAUAUGGUGAAUACAUUUUCUGCCAGUUUGCCAAAGUCAAAUGUUAUAUAUUAAUCAAAUAAAUGCAUCACAAAUAAAUAUUGUCAGUAGAUUAAAAAUAAGGCAAAGCAACACAUUGUCAUGUCAGGUUUAUGAGGGCACCACUGAAUAUAUUUUACUUUUAAACACAAAACAAUACAUUUUUCACAUAUGGUGUAGCUUCUGUUUUUCUGAUUUUAAUGCAUCAUUUUUUUAAGUUAUGGUGAAAAGAAAAAGGAUAUAGCAGUGUUUAGCUGGAGGGUUUAAGGAAAAAAAAUGCAGCCUUUCAUUCCUCAUGCUGCUCUUUUGGUGCUGUUUGGUGGAUUGUAAAGAUGUGAAGUACAGUAGUUAAUGGUCAUGGGUAGGAUGUGCACUAGGAGGAAUCAGUUACGUUAAACAAGUGAGCUCUGUAUCAACUGCAAACAAACCCACCUGAACUCCUCACCAUCCUCUAUCAAUGUUCAAACUAAUGCAAAUCCUGUUGGGACAGACUUACCAGAGGAUGUCUCAAAAAAAGGUAAAUUUGCUAAGACGCCUUGGGAUAGCUGUGUCUGAUGCCCUCUGGUUGAUCCAGAGUCCUCUCUGUCUCCCCUCCAUCUUCUCUUCUCUGCUGCUUUGCAUUGCUUGGUGGUGUGUCUUUGCUGUACAUUGUGCUUCAUCCCAAAAAAAAUAAAGACUGAAAGAAGGCUGA